AUAUACUAAUGAAUCACGGCCUGCAGAUUCUAUUCUAAUUUCUAACAUCACCAUCAUCUCACUCCGUGGUCUACUAGUUUGUUACAACUAAUCUUUAGAUUUGUCCUUAAAUUCCUCAAAAUCCUAAUCAUAAUCUUAAAACCCCUCAUCUUCGCAAAUCUCAAUCUUUUUCUUCUCCUCCGAACCCAAAAAUCUCUCAUAAAACAUCUGAAUUACAUGGGUUUCGACGGCAAUGAAGAAUCCGCCACUAAAUUACCCAACAAAUCACUUUUCCGAUACAAUUCGCCGCUAAUUCAAGUCACUCUAAUCGGGUUCGUAUGUUUCUGCUGUCCCGGAAUGUUCAACGCCCUCUCCGGCAUGGGUGGCGGUGGCCAGAUUGACGCAACCGCCGCCAACAACGCCAACACCGCACUAUACACAACUUUCGCCGUCUUUGGCAUCCUUGGUGGCGGAAUAUACAACAUUUUAGGUCCCCGCUUAACCCUCGCCGCUGGUUGCAGCACUUACGUAUUAUACGCCGGUUCUUUCCUUUACUACAACCAUUUCCAAAAACAAACGUUCGCCAUCAUCGCCGGUGGAAUCCUCGGCGUCGGCGCUGGCCUACUCUGGGCUGGAGAGGGUGCAAUCAUGACGUCGUACCCACCGCCGGAUCGGAAAGGCACGUACAUUUCACUCUUCUGGAGUAUCUUCAACAUGGGCGGUGUAAUCGGCGGUUUAAUUCCGUUUUUUCUGAAUUACCACAGAACCGAAGCGGCGUCUGUAAACGACGCGACUUAUAUCGGAUUCAUGUGCUUUAUGGCCGCCGGAACACUCCUCUCUCUAGCCAUUCUUCCGGCGAGUAAAGUCAUCCGAGACGACGGAACAAACUGCACGAACAUCAAAUACUCCAAAGUCUCAACGGAGGUAGUUGAGAUUAUAAAACUGUUUCUAAAUUGGAAAAUGCUGUUAAUAGUUCCGGCAGCUUGGGCAAGUAAUUUUUUCUACAGUUACCAGUUUAACAACGUUAACGGCGCGCUGUUUAAUUUACGGACAAGGGGGUUGAACAAUGUGUUUUACUGGGGAGCACAGAUGUUGGGUUCGGUCGGAAUUGGUUGGGUUUUGGAUUUUAGUUUCGAGAGUAGGAGAAAACGAGGGUUUUUUGGGAUUGCAAUUGUGGCGGUUGUUGGGAGUGUUAUUUGGGGCGGCGGACUGGCGAAUCAGCUGGGAUAUUCUCAUGAUACUCUGCCGGCGAAGCUGGAUUUUAAGGAUUCGGGUUCGGAGUUUGCUGGUCCGUUUGUGUUGUACUUUAGUUAUGGGUUGUUGGAUGCUAUGUUUCAGAGUAUGGUUUAUUGGAUUAUUGGAUCUUUGGCUGAUGACUCUGAGAUUCUUAGCAGGUAUGUCGGAUUCUACAAAGGUGUACAGAGUGCAGGAGCAGCUGUAGCUUGGCAAAUUGAUACACACAAAGUUCCAUUGCUUACCCAAUUGAUUAUAAAUUGGUCACUCACUACAAUUAGUUAUCCAUUGUUGAUUGUUUUAGUUAUGGUGGCAGUUAAGGAUAAUCAUAAGAAUGAAGAUAGAAUUGCUGCUGCUGAUUUUGAUAAAAAUGCAGUAGCAGCUGAAUAUACAACAAAUUCAGUUCUAUAAUCUAGCUCCUUUUUUGUUGUUUUUUUUUAUUGUAAUUUCGAAAAUGGUAAUCAAAAUUUCAUGUCUUGUGAAUGUGAAA